GUCAGACAGCAGUCAAUUUAAUUUUAGUUUAUUACUUAAGCUUAAAUUUGCCAAAUGGCAGCCAUUAAAAUGCAAGCUGUUGGCAGCAAGCCGCGUGCCACGCUAACUGUUAAUGCAGACGUGCGUCGUUUGAUUGGUGAGCUGUUGGUGCCACGCAUCGAGCGGCUGCAAAAGAUUCUGUGCACUCGCAUGUUGGCGGAGCCGCAGCAAGAGGCAAACACCGGCGACUGGUGGCCCGACUAUUCGCUCUACUCGCAGCUGCACAAAAUGACGGAUAUGCAUGGCUUAUAUUAUUUAACACAAAGCGUGCUGAAGGGUUUGCCCGACGAACUGCAGGCGAUUGUUUGUAAAUUACGCGACUUUAUGCAUCAGCGUGAGUUAAAGUUGCAGCUGCACGGACGUUAUCGCUUAGCUCAGAGUUUGAUAAAGGAUUUAAUUAAUUACAUCAAUUGCUGCAAUCGCAUGUGCAGCAAGCAAUUGCAACAGCGACGUUUGCACUGCGAACGCGCCGAGUCAAAGGAUACGCAGGCACGCGUCUGCUUGAAAAUCUUCGAUGAGCGCUGCUUUCUUCAGCUGCACAAACGCAUGAGCAGCUUGAAACACUUUCUACUCAACAUUUGUGAUUUAUUUGAGGUGGAACAGCUGCCGCUGCUGCCGGCGCUGGAGCCAGUCGAGUCCAUGCUGGUCGAGCCCACACCCAUACGUACUUAGCAGCGAGUUCUUCUUGCCUCUCCCGUCACUUUGCUCUCAAUCUCACUCUCAUGUUAAUAAAGCGCACAGCGCUCCCUAGCGAAUCUGUAAAAGCUUUUUAUGCUUCAAAGUCAAUAUAGUUGGCUUUAAAGUGACAACUACAGUAAACACACGCGAUGUGCAACAACAAAACUUGCAACUCUCAAUUAUCAUUAAAAACAAA